AUGGCCGUCGCAAUAUCAAUGCGACGAACGAGUCCAACCAGCCUCAUCCUGGCUGCUCUGCUGGCAUUUGGAUUAAUCUGCUUCUUGCUCUCCCCCUCCACACCCUCCGCCUCCGCCUCCGCAGCAUCCUCGCGUCAACGACAAGAAAAUGCCGCUGAGCACCCUCUCUCACCGCCGACGAAGCCCUUUCUCAAAUCACAGCCCAUCCGCAGCGAUGGUGUACAGGCUGCCCCGCCCGUAGUCCACUACAAUCUGAACAAUCUCACCAGCACGAGCACCGCCCGCGCAAAUGGCGAACGGAUCCUCAUCCUCACUCCGCUCGCUCGCUUCUACACAGAAUACUGGGAGAACUUGGAGAAACUGAGCUACCCGCAUGAUCUGAUAUCACUGGGCUUCAUCGCCCCGAAGACAAAGGACGGAAACACGGCCGUUCUGGCGCUGGAACAAGCUAUCUCGCGCACGCAAUCCGGCCCUAUCGAUGACCGCUUUGCUAGCAUCACCAUCCUGCGACAAGACUUUGAGCCGCCUCUAUCAUCGCAGGAUGAAAAGGUCCGGCACCAGAUGGCGGCUCAGAAGGAACGUCGCGAAUCAAUGAGUCUGGCCCGAAACAGCCUCCUAUUCACGACCCUCGGACCGGCGACCUCGUGGGUGUUGUGGCUGGAUGGUGAUAUUGUCGAAACCCCGGCUUCGCUCAUUCAAGACCUGACAAGUCAUGACCAGCCCGUCAUCGUGCCGAACUGUUUCCAGCGGUACUAUGACUCGAAGAAGCAGAAAUGGGAUAUCCGGGAGUACGACUACAACUCGUGGAUCGACAGCGACACGGCUCAGAAUUUAGCCAACGAUAUGGGCCCCGAUGAGAUUCUGUUGGAGGGAUACGCCGAAAUGGCCACGUACCGCACACUCAUGGCGAAGCUACCCGACAUGGAGAACCUAGACCCCCACCGCAUGGUCGCUCUAGAUGGAGUGGGUGGAACAGCAUUGAUGGUUAAGGCCGAUGUGCACCGCGACGGAGCCAUGUUUCCCGCAUUCCCCUUCUUUCAUCUCGUUGAAACAGAAGGCUUUGCCAAGAUGGCCCGUCGACUCGGAUACCAAGUCUUUGGACUACCAGAUUACUUUGUCUACCACUACAACGAGUGA